AUGGGUCGGCGAAAGAUCGAGAUCAAGGCGAUCAAGGAUGAUCGCAAUCGUUCAGUUACUUUUCUGAAACGGAAGGGUGGUCUCUUUAAGAAGGCGCAUGAGCUUGCGGUGCUAUGCUCAGUAGAUGUUGCUGUCAUCAUAUUCGGUCACAACAAGAAGCUAUAUGAAUUUUCAUCAUGUGAUAUGCGCGAGACCUUGGGUCGUUAUCAAUAUUUCGGCCCGCCGCACGAGCAUAAAGGCCCUGAGGACUUUAACGGCCGGCGCGAUGACGACGACGAUGAAGAUGAGACCACACCUGCCCCUGAAGAAAUGCAUCCAACACCACCGCAAAAUAACCCUCCGAUGAUACCAACUCAUCUCCCCAGUCAUCCCGGCUUCCAACAUGUUAAUCAUGCACCUUCCGCAUCCCCUCCCAUCGGCAAUGGACUGCCGUUUGAUCCGCGUCACGGUACCCCUCAACCUCAAGGACUUUCAAGACCAUCUUCCAGAAAUCACGUUCGCAGAGUUAGUUCCAAUAUCGGUACCCAGCAACAUCAUGCCACACCACCGCCGCCUCAGAAUGGAUUUGCCUAUAUGUCCAACCCUUCCAUGUAUAACCCGAAUGCCCACCACGCUCUAGGUCAACAACCCCGACCCGGUCAGUUUGCGCACUUUGGCCCUCCACACGGCGUACAUCAUGCAGCGCCGCAUCAUCAGCAUCAACCUAUGCCGCCGCAAUCCAUGCCGCCACAUACAAUGCCGCCCCAGGCAAUUCCACCGCAUAUUCAACAGCAUCCCCAGCAUCCGCAUAUCCUUGCGCAGCAAACACCUCCUAUGGGUUUAUCGCAACCUUCACAUCCGCAAAUGUCCCAGGUUGCCCAAGCAUUUAUGCCGGAACAGGGAAGGAGUUCCAUGCCUCCCACGUUCCCGUCGGAGCAACAGCAGCAGCAGCAGCAGCAGGCGCAACAACAGCCCCAGCAACAACAACAGCGGACGGUAUCACUUCCCGAAGCUCCUCCAGCGGACCAGAUGCCUGGGCCGAUGAAAGCUGAAGACAGUCAGUCACCGCCGCAGCAAAGGUCGAUAUCGUCGAAAUCACGUAGUAUCUUUACGCCGAUUGAUGAUCGUGGUUCGGUCUUGGCUCGUCACUUUGGAGUCGGUCCACCUACGUCGCCGCGCAAUGAGAACUCACAAGUGAAGCUUGAAUUUUCACAUAACGAAGCAAAGGACAAAAAGGGACUCAACCAGCCAGUGGCGCCUCCCCCUCCACCACGAGCCGCGACUGAAGCGCCUCGUCCCCAGCCGGUACCUGGGAUCAAGCCUCCCGUUCGGACGAACAGCGGUCAGUUAAAUACGAAACGUCCACAGCUAAAAGUGCAAAUACCCAGCGAGAAUUCGGAUCGGGGCAGCGCAACAGCAGAUUCAUCCUCACGCGAUUCUGCAGGGAACAAAACACUUACACCAGCCAAAGCCAAUCUUGACGGCAACCAUUCCAGUGUCGUGUUACCUCCGCCUUCGCCUUCUGCCGGUGCAAUCCUCAGUGCAGGCGCUCAGGGACCACCGAAUCCAUUUGCCCGGCCGCCUCCCCCUAGCACAGCUGCUCAGAAUAACAAUGCAUAUAGUAGUACCAACAACAACAGCAACAACAUAGAGACGCCGAUAUCUGCACUUCCUAGUCGCUUCGUGCCAGAUGCGCUUCUUCCUUCUCCAUCUAGUUUCUUCCCUGAAUGGGGUUUUGGCCGCUCUGGUCCGGACAGUAACAUCCUUCCUAGUCCUCUGACCUUUCCCACUCCCGCCGUUCAAACAGGUCCCAGUUUUGCGCGUGAAGACGAUCAAGAGAAAAAGCGCAAGAGCCCCGAUAGUGGACCAAGUGCGGAAGGAGCACCGAAAAAGGCAAAGACCUAG